GCGUGAAUGAGUGUGCGCAUGUUUACACCAUCAGCUGUCAAAUCCGUGUGCCGUUCAUUUUCGUCAGAAAAGGACCCAACACACUGACUUCAACACUGAAGCGCUUACAGUAACACCCUUCAGGACGGACUUUCUGGCAUUUGACCUUUUGCAGUGGAAUAGCGGAAUAACUCUUGAAGCAUGAGUUCUGUGGCUGUACUGACCCCGGAGAGCUUUGCGGAGCAUCGCAGCGGGCUGAAGGACGAGGAGAUUUCAGGUGGGGUCCCUGAGGAUGAGGCGUACAUCCCCACCUACCUGGAGGCCUUCCCCCCGCUGCCGGAGAAGGGGGCCCCGGGGGACCGAUCAGGGGAGCCGGCGGGGGCCUGGAACCGCAUCCGACCCAUCAAAGCCUCGGUUAUCACGCAGGUGUUUCAUGUGCCCCUGGAGGAGCGACGGUACAAGGACAACAGCCAGUUCGGGGAGGGCGAGGAGGCCAAGGUGUGCCUGGACAUCAUGCAGAAGACCGGGGCACACAUCGAGCUCUCGCUGGCCAAGGACCAGGGCCUGUCCAUCAUGGUGACGGGCAAGCUGGACUCGGUGAUGAAGGCCCGCAAGGAGAUCGUGGCUCGGCUGCAGACUCAGGCCUCGGCCACGGUCACCAUCCCCAAGGAGCACCACCGCUUCGUGAUCGGCAAGAACGGCGAGAAGAUGCAGGAGCUGGAGCUGAAGACGGCCACCAAGAUCGCCAUCCCGCGCCCCGACGACCCCAGCGUCAACAUCCGCAUCACCGGCACCAAGGAGGGCAUCGAGAAGGCGCGCCACGAGAUCCUGCUCAUCUCCGCCGAGCAGGACAAGCGGGCGGUGGAGCGCCUGUCGCUGGAGAAGGCCUUCCACCCGUUCAUCGCGGGCGCCCACAACCGGCUGGUGCAGGAGCUGAGCCAGGAGACGGGCGCCCGCAUCAGCAUCCCGCCGCCCAGCCUGCCCAAGGACGAGAUCGUCAUCACCGGCGAGAAGGAGGCCGUCGCCAUGGCCAUCGCCCGCAUCCGCGCCAUCUACGACGAGAAGAAGCGGAAGACCACCACGAUCUCGGUGGAGGUGAAGAAGUCGCAGCACAAGUACAUCAUCGGGCCCAAGGGCAACACGCUGCACGAGAUCAUGGAGAGCACCGGCGUCUCCGUGGAGAUGCCGCCGCUCGACUCCUGCUCGGAGACCAUCAUCCUCCGGGGCGAGCCGGAUAAACUGGGCCCGGCGCUCACGCAGGUGUACGCCAAGGCGAAGAGUGUGACCGUGGUGGAGGUGAGCGCUCCAGCCUGGCUGCACCGCUUCAUCAUCGGCAAGAAAGGACAGAACAUCGGCCGCAUCACCCAGCAGCUGCCCAAGGUUCACAUCGAGUUCACAGAUGGCGAGGAGAGGAUCAGCCUGGAAGGGCCCACGGAGGAGGUGGAGCAGGCACAAGUCCAGAUCCAAGAGAUCAUCAAAGACCUGAUGUCUCGGAUGGACUACACCGAGGUGAACAUCGACCAGCGCUUCCACAGACACCUGAUCGGGAAGAAUGGAGCAAACAUAAACCGCAUCAAGGAGCAGUACAAGGUGUCGGUGCGGAUCCCGCAGGACGCAGACCGCAGUGGCCUGGUGCGCAUCGAGGGGGACCCCCAGGGGGUACAGCUGGCCCGCCGGGAGCUCCUGGAGAUGGCCCAGCGCAUGGAAAACGAACGAACCAAAGACUUGAUAGUAGAGCAGAAAUUCCAUCGCACCAUCAUCGGCCAAAAAGGGGAAAAGAUCAAAGAAGUUCGGGACAAGUUUCCAGAGGUCAACAUUAACUUCCCGGACCCGGCCCAGAAGAGUGACAUCGUGCAGCUCAGAGGACCAAAGAACGAGGUGGAGAAAUGUGGCAAGUUCCUGCAGAAGAUGAUCGCCGACCUGAUUGAAAACAGCUACUCCAUCUCAGUACCCAUCUUCAAGCAGUUCCACAAAAACAUCAUAGGCAAAGGAGGCGCCAACAUCAAGAAGAUCCGUGAGGAGACCAACACAAAGAUCGACCUGCCCACUGAGAACAGCGACUCGGAGAUGAUCGUCAUCACAGGGAAGAAGGUCAACUGCGAGGCCGCACGAGACCGCAUCCUGGCCAUCCAGAGAGACCUGGCCAACAUCAAGGAGACGGAGGUGACCAUCCCGGCCAAGCUGCACAACUCGCUGAUCGGCUCCAAGGGCUGCCUGGUGCGCUCGGUGAUGGAGGACUGCGGCGGCGUUCACAUCCACUUCCCCUCCGAGGGCUCGGGGUCGGACCGCGUCACCAUCCGCGGGCCGGCGGGCGAGGUGGAGAAGGCCCGCAAGCAGCUGCUGCAGCUGGCCGAGGAGAAGCAAGUGAACAACUUCACGGUGGAGCUGCAGGCCAAGCCGGAGUACCACAAGUUCCUGAUAGGCCGCGGCGGGGCCAACAUCCGGCGGGUGCGCGACCGCACCGGUGCCCGCAUCAUCUUCCCCUCCCCCGACGAGCCCGAGCAGGAGCUCAUCACCAUCGUGGGCCGAGAGGAGGCCGUGCGGCUCGCCCAACGGGAGCUGGAGAUCCUGGUCAAGAACCUGGACGACGUGGUGGAGGACGGCAUGGUGGUGGAGCCGCGGCACCAUCGCCACUUUGUGUGCCGGCGCGGGCAGGUGCUGCGGGAGCUGGCGGAGGAGUACGGCGGCGUGGCCAUCAGCUUCCCCCGCACCGGCACGCACAGCGACCGCAUCACGCUCAAGGGCGCCAAGGACUGCGUGGAGGCCGCCAAGCGCCGCAUCCAGGAGAUCAUCGAGGACCUGGAGGCGCAGGUGACGGUGGAGGUGGCCAUUCUGCAGCGGCACCACCGGGCCGUGAUGGGCCCCAAAGGCUGCCGCAUCCAGCAGAUCACCCGGGACCACGAGGUCCAGAUCAAGUUCCCUGAGAGGGAGGAGUCCGCAGGUCAGGAGCCCCACCCGCAGGAGAACGGGGACGCCAGUCCAGAGGGGGAGCCUGUGCCCCGCAAGUGUGACAUCAUCGCCAUCUCGGGGCGAGAGGAGAAGUGUGAGCUGGCGCGGCAAGCCCUGCUGGCUCUGGUGCCUGUGACGAUAGAUGUAGAGGUGCCUUAUGAUCUCCAUCGUUACAUCAUCGGCCAGAAGGGCAACGGGAUCAGGAAGAUGAUGGAGGAGUACGAGGUGAACAUCUCUGUGCCUCAGCCUGACCAGCAGUCCGACGUCAUCAAGAUCACAGGUCAGGUGACCAACGUGGACCAGGCCAAGCUGGGCCUGCUGGAGCGGGUCAAAGAGCUGCAGGCGGAACAGGAGGACCGGGCGUUGAGGAGCUACAAGAUCACCCUCUCGGUUCCGCCCAAAUUCCAUCCCAAGAUUAUCGGCCGUAAAGGAGCCGUCAUCUCCCAGAUCCGCAAAGACCACGAUGUCAACGUGCAGUUCCCAGACAAGGGAGAUGAACUGCAGGAUGUGAUCGUGAUCUCGGGUUACGAGCGGAACGCGGAGGAGGCGCGCGUGGCCAUCGAGCAGCUGGUGGCCGAGCUGGAGGAGAUGGUCAGCGGCGACGUGCAGCUGGACCACCGUGUGCACGCCCGCAUCAUCGGUGCCCGCGGCAAGGCCAUCCGCAAACUCAUGGACGAGUUCAAGGUGGACAUUCGGUUCCCCCAGCCCGGUUCCGAUGACCCAGACCGAGUGACUGUGACUGGCUUGCCCGAGAACGUGGACAACGCCAUCGACCAUCUCCUCAACCUGGAGGAGGAAUAUAUGCUGACUGUGACUGAAUCAGAGACUAUGGCUGCUUACAUGAAGCCCCCGUCUCGGUCGGCCGGAGGAGGACUCGGGGGAGGAGACGAGGACAGUAAGGGCGCUGCUAAAGGCUUUGUGGUUCGGGACGCACCCUGGAAUGCCCCAGGUGGCAAGGCUCCUGACAUGAGCAGUGCUGAGGACUUCCCCACCUUCGGUACCGGCGUGGCUCCCAAACAGACGUCGGCCUGGGGACCCAAGAAGUUCUGAAUGGCGGAGGAAAAAAACGAACCCGCGAAGAGAGAAAUGGGAAGAGUGGAGAAGAAUGGAUUCUCAUUCCUCUACCGCCAUCUUGUCCCCCUUCUUGUCUGUGUUCAUCCCUCCACUUCAGUGCCCUUUGACCUGCGAGGAGAUCCUUUGUCUCUCUCUCUCUCUCUCUCUCCUCCAUCCUGCUCCACACCAACCAACCUGGACACCCAGACAGAAAAAUGUGGCCUCAAUCCUGUCCAUGAGCUCUAACUCUCUCUCUCUCUAUCUUCUUUUGUCCAUGAACUCUGUCUCUCUCUCUCUCUCUCUCUCUCUCUCUCUCUGUAUCUCUCUAUUCUUUUGUCCUGGAUUGUCAAUUCCUCCACUGAUUUUCCUCUGGCUUCGCUGGAGUGCCUCAGUCACUGGUGUGGGGGGGGGUUCUAAUUUUUGCAGCUGCUGCGCCCACACUAGACUCUGAAAACCUGUCGUUGAGUCCCGUGGUACGGCCUCUUUUAUUCUGUCGCGUAGGCUGGUUCGAGACCCAUCAAUCUUCAAAGGAAUGGACGAGAAAGAAAUGAAGAAAAAAGAAGUGUGAGGUCUUUUUUUAAAACAUUCUGUUUUUGAAAACGGAAAUCCUCAGAGAGGAUGCUUGUUUUUAAAUCCCUUUUAUUUACCAAAACAAAUAGAGAUAUGGUCUUGUUUGUUUGUUUUAGUUGGUUUGUUGGUUUCUGUAAACCUUCCAACCUUUCUGCAGCUUUCUUCAGUCAGCAACUGAACCUUUUCAAGCACACACGCAGCCGUUUUUAAACAGGGUCAGUGACAGAUUUGUCCCCCAUCUUUACAAGCCUGUAAAGCAGUUUCCACACUUUCCAUUGGACCUCAGCAUACACCGUAGCUUUCUCUUUACUCGUACUGAGUCUUUUUUCAAAUGUGAAAAAUAGUGAAAAGAAGAAAAGAUUACAAAUGCAGCCCUUGCAACCUUUGAAGGUUUGACAAGAAGGUGUUGACCUUUUUGUGACUAGUGUCUGUUUAUUUAUUUAUUUAUUUGUCUCUAUUUAUCUAUUUAUUUCUUUGUUUAUUUAAGAUUUUUUUACCACUGAAGCUAGCUGGAAUCUCGCAGGGGUCAAUUCCAUGUCUGAAAGUAAGGUGUGAUGUAUAGAUGAACAAUGGCUGAGAACAUGUUUUGCAAGUUGUUUAUAUUUUUGUUGUCCGUGAAUGUGUGUGUGUGUGUAUGUAUGUCUACUGAGGGGGAUAGAAAUUGGGUAAAGCUUGAAUUUUUUCUUAUUGGUUUCAUCUUCGGUCUUUUUACAUCAUCUUGGCUUAUCCAGCUUAUGUGUUGUUGUUAAUGUAACCAGUUUUAUAAAGGAAUCACUCACCAUCCAGUCUUAUACCUUAGAGCGAGAAUGGCCGCUUGGAUAGCAACGUUACACAGCACACAGCUACACUCACUGUGUGAAGUAACUGAAGUUAGAGAGCAAAUAUUGCAUUUUCUUCUGAUCCCAGCCAACGCAGUAAAGCGGAGAAGGGAGCACAGGCAACAGUUUCAGCACUUAGAUUUUUAGAAUACGUUACAGUAUACUAGACGUACAGUACGCUGUUAACAAAGUCUUAUUUUCUCUGCCAUACAAUUUCAAAUACAAAACACACACAAAUCCUUUAAAAGGAGAGGUCUUUACCCAUUAACUUAUGCCUGUUGUUUCCUCUUCGGUAGGUAAAGGUUUAAGGAUGAAGCUUUACUUUUUUCUUUUCCUCCAAAGGUGGAAUUUUUUGUUUGUUUGUUUGUUCUGUAAACGAAAUGACAGAAUAUGCAACGCGAGAGGGAGGGAUUUCAUAGUCUUCUCUGUGUAUGAGGGAUGUAUGUGUAUAUAUACCUGUUGGGUAAACUGUAGCCUUUCAGAGGGGAGAAAGGUCUGUUAUUCUUUUUUGCACUACUUUCAUGUGUUUUACUUCCUGUUUAGUACCCAGCCUCCUCAUCCUGUCUUGGUGAUUUAAAAAAAUUCUCUCGUGUCCAUUCCCAUUCCCUGAUCUACCCUUGUGGCUCUGGUCUAAGGUGCCGGUGAGAGUGCGUAUAUGUGUAGUGUAUGUGUAUGUGAAAAGGGCAACAGUGGGUGUCGAGUAAACCUAUUGAUUUUAAACAGGUGAAGCAAACACUAUUGGCCUUAAGAAUUAAUUACUAUUAUUUUUGGACAAAUGGGGAAAAAAAACAAUGUAUGACUGGGUAAAUAUGCAACACUGCAAUAACAUGUCAGUGAAUGGACUUUUUUCCUACUCCAAAUAAACCAUUGAAAAUGGAA